AUACAGACCAUCAGCCUCAAAGCAAAGCUGCAGUUCUAAUAGUCUUAGUUUGUCUGCAGAUCUUUGUCAUCCUCAGAAACAGCCGUUUGAUUUGACAUACCAGCAUUUCGCAGCUCGAGCUCGUCACUGCUUCCUGUGUGCGGUGUGCAGCUUGUCAGCCUGAUCAGACUUAGAGCACACCGACCGAAUCUUCUGAUAGCUUUAUUGGAAACAACAAGCAGAUCCAGUAAUCCAACAUGUCAAGCCCAGUGGUCACCCAACCGGCUGCAGGCAGCUACGGAACGAACGUCCAAACGGGGGAGUGGAGCACCGGCCUCUGCUCCUGCUUCAGCGACUUGUUAGUCUGUGCUAUUGGUUGCUGCUGUCCAAUUGCCUUGAGCUGCUACACUGCUCAUAAGUAUGGAGAAAACUGCUGUUUGGGUUGUCUGCCAGGAGGCUCAACAGCCAUGAGGACUCACAUGAGACUCACUUAUGGCAUACAGGGAACAAUAAUCAACGAUGCCUUGAUGACCUGUUGCUGCGGAACCUUUGAGGUUUGCAGGAUGGCGCGUGAAAUCCGCAUCAGGAAUGGAGAAGUGUAAUCUCGAGAAGACAUAAAAACGAUUCUGGUCCACUAAACAGUAUUUUCUGCUGAUUAAUGAUGUUCAGCUAUUGUGAAAGUAACGUCUUGUAAUUGCCGUAGCAAGCCUGGCUUUUUCAUGCAGUGAACAAAGAUUGAGCUAAUGAAUUAUGCAAAUCUGUGUAUUAAAUGUCAUUUUCUAGCCUUAUGUGCCUGUCUAACUGUGUAACUAAUUGCCUGUAUACUAAUCUGCAUUGCUGUAAAUAAACUGCGUUAUUCAAUCACUCACAA